AUGUCAUUAUCAGUUAAUCUUAAAGAAGAUCUAAACUGGUGGAACAAAAAUAGCCAAUUUGGUCAAAAUCCUAUCAGAACAUCACAAUACGUGAGCGGAAUCUCAUCGGAUGCGUCAUUAUUAGGGUGGGGUGCUUUUUGUAAUGGAAAAUCGGCGCAUGGCUGGUGGAAUGAUAAGCAAAAGAAGCUCUUUAUAAACUAUCUUGAGUUAUUGGCAAGCUUUUAUGCUCUCAAGUCUUUUGCGUCAAAUUUAAAUAGUUGUGAGGUCUUACUAAGACUAGACAAUACAACAGCGAUAUCUUCUAUCAAUCGAGCUGGUAGCGUUCAGUUCCCAAGACUCAGUAAUUUGUCAAGGGAAAUCUGGGAUUGGUGUGAAACUAGAAAAAUCUGGAUUUUUGCUACCUACAUUUCAUCAAAAGAUGACUUUUAUACAGAUGCAGCUUCUCGAUUGACUAAUAUAGAUACGGAAUGGGAGCUGUCUCAGAAUGCGUUUAAUUUAAUAACCCAAAAAUUUGAUCCUUUUUCUAUCGAUCUGUUUGCCACAUAUGAAAACAGAAAAGUAGAAAAAUUCUGUUCUAGAUUCCCGAGUCCAGAAUCUUUUAGAAUUGAUGCGUUUACGAUUUCUUGGAAAAACGAAAAAAUUUACGCUUUUCCCCCGUUCGCCCUGAUCACACCGACCCUUGAAAAAUUUAUUACCGAUAAAGCUGAAGGUGUUAUCGUAGUACCAAACUGGCCUACCCAGCCCUGGUAUCCGUUACUCCAUUCGUUGCUCAAGGAUCCACCCUUAGUAUUUAAACCAAAUAAGAAAUUAUUGAUUUCCCCUGGCAGAUCGAAAACUCAUCCUCUAUCGAAGACUCUUUCCCUGGCAGCCGUAUACUUGUCAAGCAAAAAUAUUUGA